CCUUGAACGGUGUUGUCUCUUACAUGUUUCUUCACCACAGACAUCCCCUCUUCCCUCUCUUGGCCCUGCUGUUUGAGAAGUGUGAGCAGUCCACUCAGGGCUCUGACUGCGUAACCUCUGCCAGUUUUGAUGUUGACAUUGAAAACUUUGUACGCAGUCAGGAGAAAGAUGGCAAAGCCUUCUUUAGUGAAGACCCAGACCUUGACAACUUGAUGGUCAAGGCCAUCCAGGUGCUGCGGAUUCAUCUGUUAGAGCUAGAGAAAGUUAGUGACCUGUGCAAGGACUUCUGCAGCCGUUACAUUUCCUGCCUCAAGACCAAGAUGAACAGUGAGACACUCCUGAGUGGAGAGCCAGGCAGCCCAUACUCUCCAGUCCAUGACCAACUGUCCAACCCUUUCUCAAGUGUCCUCAGCCCCCAGGGUGUUGUGGUGCCCUCACAAGGACUUCAAGGCAAUGUUACAGUGACGGCAGUCAAUCCAUCACACAUGGUCGCAGGUAAUUCAGUGUAUCAGCCAGUGACGGUAGUCACACCACAGGGACAAGUGGUGACACAAGCCAUCUCACCUGGAACAAUACACAUCCAGAACUCACAGCUCCAGCUUCAGCUCAAUCAGGACUUGAGUUUCUUUGGGGGAGAUAACUCGCCUAAAAACAAGCGUGGUGUUCUCCCCAAACAGGCUACUAGUGUCAUGCGCACCUGGCUCUUCCAGCACAUAGCGCAUCCUUAUCCCACUGAGGAAGAGAAAAAGCAACUUGCAAUUCAAACAAACCUGUCUUUACUCCAGGUCAACAACUGGUUUAUUAAUGCUCGAAGACGGAUCUUGCAGCCAAUGCUGGAUGUCAACUCAGAGAUGGCCAAAACCAAGAAGAAGACCGCUCCGAGCCGCCCGCUACACCGCUUCUGGUCUGACUCCAUCGCCUCAUCUGGAACCCAGCAGCAGCUCACAAUGCCAGACGGUAGUAUGGUUACAGUGGGGAUGAACGUCGAUGGCUUCCAGGCGCUUUCAUCAGAUGGAGCAACUCUCGCCAUGCAGCAAGUCAUGAUGGGAAAUCACAGCGAGGAUGAAUCAGAGGAAAGCGGCAAUGAAGAUGACGCAGAUUUAUCAUCUGCUAACAUGACCGGGCUGGGUUUAGAUGUUAGCGACUAAGACGCAUGGAUCGCAGGUCACACACUGCAUGCUUACAUUUACAUUGGAAAACUUGCACAUAACACUUGUGGCAAGAGAUCCAGUCCCCUCAUAGACUUUCAGCAAAGCUGAUACUUGUGCACUACAAAAAAAUUAAUUAAGAGUACUGUAUGUUGGCCUAUAUGUUACACAAACACACUCGAACAGUUUACAGAGAGCACAACGUUACUGAAAGAUGCUGUGUGCGAGGAGUUGCAUUUCAGCACCUGGUUUUAUUGUGUAGACGUGCAGGUGCGUGCACUUUUAUAUAGAGACCCUUCAAGAAGUUUGCAACAAUAGAACACAGAGGAAUGUUUUUAAGCUUCUUUAGUGAACGUUUGUAAUGAUUUUGUUUUCUAUAUUAACUCCUUUUGAAUGCCAAGAUUUUAAGAGUUUGUCGUCGUGCUGGUUUUAUUCACACUGCAUGUUCAUGUUCUCUUCAGUAUGCUCACGCUUGUAGAGAGGCUCCAAGACGGAGUUCGAGAAAAGAGAUUUAUUAUUUUUAUAUAUGAACGUUGUAAAAAGUGUUGUUUUUUUUCUUUUUUUUUUAGUUUGUGUUUUAUAGGGAAUAUUUAUGUACAGAAACUAUACUAUCUGCCCUGUUUUCAGGGGAUGACUUAG